GCCGCGCCGUAGGCCGCGCCGCUCCCCGGGCGGGCGCGAUGGCGGACGUGUCCGAGCGCACGCUGCGCGUGUCGGUGCUGGUGGCUUUCGCCUCCGGAGUGCUCGUGGGCUGGCAGGCGAACCGGCUGCGGAGGCGCUACCUGGACUGGCGGAAGCGGAGGCUGCAGGACAAGCUGGCGGUGAUGCAGAAGAAGCUGGACCUGGCCUGAGACCCCGCGCGGCCGCGGGCUGGAGCCUGAGCCAGGCUCGCCCCUGUCCCCGCCUGCCCGGCCGGGCUCGUCCCGCGGUGUCGCUUGUCGACGAUGGACGUGGAGCACAGGAAAGAAGGACUUUCUUCUUGCACUUUAUGAAUUAGUUUUAUUUUUAAAAUAAAGUAUUUUAAACGUC